AUGAAAUCAAUUUUAUGCUAUGGAGAUUCGAAUACAUGGGGAUUUGUACCAGGUUCUUUUGGUAUUCGAGAACGUUUUGAUCGAAAUACACGUUGGACAGGUCGUUUACAACAAUUACUUGAUCCAGCACAUUUUUAUGUCAUUGAAGAAGGUCUCAAUGGUCGAACAACAAAUUUAGAUUAUGGAAAUAGACCAGAUGGACGUCGUGGUACUGAAUUUCUCUCCGCUAUUCUUUAUACUCAUUCACCAUUAGACUUAGUUAUUAUUAUGCUUGGAUUAAAUGAUUUAAAAAAAGAAUUUAAUAAUCGAACAAGUCAACAUAUAACUCAAGGUAUUAAAGAAAUGAUUGAAAUUGUUCGUUCAACAAAUUUUGGUCCUAAUAUGCAAAGUUCACCACCGAUACUUAUUGUUAGUUCACCUAUACCAGUUGAAACAAAAUGUUCGAAUGUUCUCGAUAUGUUUGAAGGUGCCAAAGAACGACUACAAAAUUUAGCUGAUAAUUUAAAAGUUCUUGUAAAUGAAUAUGAUAAAGAUAUUUAUUUUGUUGAUGCAGCACCUCAUAUUCAAUUGAGUCCAGUUGAUGGAAUACAUUUUGAUAAAAAAGCUCAUGAACAAUUUGCAUUAUUGAUGAAUAAUACAAUUAAAAAAAUUUUUAAUUUAUCUUCAUAG